AUUGGAGGGUAUUCGAUAAAUGGUGGGCAUAUCAACCCUACGCACAAUAAGAAAGAACGACGAUAACGAAACACGAAAGAGAGGUAGCAAUUUAAUAAAUUACAAAGGAAAAAAACGGCAAUAUAAUACUUCCAAGCUGUGUGUGUGUUAUUUAAGCAAGUGUACAAUUCGUGCAAGGACAGUGUACGGUACGACACACACACACACAUACACAGACACACACACACAAAGCACACCGUUUAGAUGAUGAGCAGCAGAACAACGGACACGGAUGGCUCCUCCAUACGUUUCAGCGACCACACACUGGACAAAGCGACCAAGGCCAAGGUGACGCUGGAGAACUACUACAGCAAUCUGGUGACACAAUACGGCGAACGCAAACAGCGCCUGGCCAAAUUGGAGGCGCAACUGAAGGACGAAAGUCUAACGGAGACACAGCGCCAGGAGAAACGCUUACAACAUGCGCAAAAAGAGACAGAAUAUUUGCGCCUCAAGCGAUUGCGUCUCGGCGUCGAAGAUUUUGAGGCAUUGAAAGUCAUUGGUCGCGGUGCGUUUGGUGAGGUGCGUUUGGUGCAGAAAAAGGAUACGGGACACGUGUACGCGAUGAAGGUUCUGCGCAAAGCGGACAUGCUCGAAAAGGAGCAGGUGGCCCACGUACGCGCUGAGCGCGAUGUUCUCGUCGAGGCCGAUCACCAGUGGGUGGUCAAGAUGUACUACAGUUUUCAGGACCAGGUCAAUUUAUAUUUGAUAAUGGAAUUCUUGCCUGGCGGUGAUAUGAUGACGCUUCUAAUGAAAAAGGACACGCUAUCCGAGGAGUGCACACAAUUCUAUAUAAGUGAAACAGCGUUGGCGAUUGAUUCGAUCCAUAAGCUCGGUUUCAUACACAGGGACAUCAAACCGGAUAACUUGCUUCUGGAUGCGCGAGGGCAUCUUAAGCUUUCAGAUUUUGGACUGUGCACAGGAUUAAAGAAGUCGCAUCGCACAGACUUUUAUCGUGAUUUGUCGCAGGCGAAACCAUCCGAUUUUAUUGGCACUUGUGCCAGUCCCAUGGACUCAAAACGACGCGCAGAAUCGUGGAAACGAAAUCGACGCGCUCUCGCCUACAGCACAGUGGGCACGCCAGAUUACAUAGCACCCGAAGUAUUCCUGCAAACCGGCUAUGGACCUGCGUGCGAUUGGUGGUCACUUGGCGUGAUUAUGUAUGAAAUGUUGAUGGGAUAUCCGCCAUUCUGUUCGGAUAAUCCGCAGGAUACGUAUCGCAAGGUGAUGAACUGGCGCGAAACAUUAAUAUUUCCGCCCGAAAUACCCAUAUCGGAGGAGGCCAAAGAGACGAUCAUUAAUUUCUGCUGCGAGGCAGAUCGACGCUUGGGCUCGCAGCGUGGCCUCGAGGACCUGAAGUCGGUGCCUUUCUUUCGCGGCGUCGACUGGGAGCACAUUCGUGAGCGGCCAGCGGCAAUUCCCGUGGAAGUGCGCUCCAUUGAUGACACGUCCAAUUUCGAUGAAUUUCCGGAUGUCUCGCUGGAGAUACCUUCGGCGCCAGUGCCGCAGGGCGGUGAAAUUUCGAAGGAUUGGGUCUUCAUCAAUUACACGUACAAGCGCUUUGAGGUGCGAAAUUUGGAGUGAAGCUGUGCAUCUUGCCGGUUGCCACACUUUGCCACCAAUACCGCCACCACAACCACCACCACUCACAACACCACCACCACCACCAGCAGCAAAAGCAGCAGAAACCACAAUUGCAAUCGCAGUCUCUCUAACACCAUCAUCAAGAGCAUUCUUAAGCGCUAUAAAACUUAAUUUUCCUUUUGAAUGUCUUACCUACAUGUGUAUUUAAAUACUAUAGCUAACAUUUGUGAUUCCAAAAAAAAAAAAAAAACAAACAAACAAAAACGAAACAAAACAGAACAAACACAGCAAACGAAAAUUAAAAAUAUAUAUGUAUGCAUUGUAUUUGCAAAUGUUUUGCGAAUCGAAUUAAGUUUUAAACGCUUAAACUAACUAAUUCUCUACUGUGUAUGGCUUUGUUUAAUUCCCGCCUUCCCCUUUUUAAAUCGUUGUGUUUAGAAUUAUGGCACUUGAAUAACCAAUUUGGCAAUUGUUUAUAAAUUAUGUAAUAUUUGUUUUCCUUCAUUGGGCAGCAGCGAAAUUUGUUAAUAAAUUUCAGUAAUAUAUGUAUGUAUGCAUAUUCAGAAUAUUAUUAUUUAGACAAUUGUGAAAUGUUUUAUAUUUAGGCACGUUAUUUAAUAUACUUACAUAUGUAUGUUUUGUAUUUAUUAAUUACGCGACACUCACACACACACACGUAUUGUAUGUAUUAAACAAAAAGAAAACCAUGAUAAUCAAGCACACAAAUUAGUUACUAAACCAACAACCGCAACCAGAACAAAAACAAAAAAUGAAAAAAACAAUAUUUAAAUAACGGUUUCGUUCUCUGUACACAAUCCAAUUACCCCCACCCACCACCUCUCCGACACACACAGAUAUAUCCUUCCCCUUCUCCUACGAUCCUACGAUGAAUAUUCUUGUAGUUAUUUCUUACAGUUUUUUCGAGUUUCGUGUGUUUGCAAACAAAAGUUAUCGCUGGUAAAAACGCAAGCAAAUUAAAUCGAAUUAUAUAUACUACAGCUAAACAAAAAACAAAACAAAAAGAAAAGAAUCUACCCGAGCAAAACUUAAAGUAAUUAAAGCAUACCUAUAAAUAAAUGAAACGAGUAAACAAGUUUUAAGAAAUUAUUUUUGGUAAUAGACUAUAAUAAUAAGCAUAUUGAUAAUAUGUAAUGCAAAAUGCAAUAAUAAAUGAAACAUGUGCAUAAUAUGGACUAACAACAAA